CAAAUUUACUAUCACAUGUACAAUAAACAAUUGAACAAAGAAGCGAAUAAUCGUGCACUAGUUUCAUAUUAUUUAGAUUAUCCAUAAAUACUUGAAAAUGUCGUACGGCCCUCCAUACGGUGGUCCCGGAGGUCCUCCAUACGGUGGUCCUCCAUACGGUGGACCUGGGGGCCCUCCCUAUGCUGGCUACCCUCCUCCUCCCGGGGUCGUCUUUCCUCCCACUGUGGUCAUGCCAAUGCCGGUAUACCCUCCGCCGCCACAUGUCUACCCUCCUACACAUACCUACCCACCGGCGUACCCACACCCCCAGCCCCAGCCACCACCGGACGAUCCAGUAAACGUCAUUGAAAACGACCCGCCAAAGCCUUUCGGUGAUUCAGAUGUUGACUGGGUUCCCACGUCUUCCCACGCAGCAGAGUCACUAUCCAGCCGUGUAUUCGUGACAGGUAGAGAAGGGUGGGAUAACAGCCCCCUAUGGACUAUAAGAGCCCAUCACAAUGGGAACUUGAUCCCUGGAAAGCUAGCGAUAAAGCAUAAAGUUGCUUAUAUCCCUUAUGCAGGAAAGGAAGUACGCGUACAUAACUUUGAGGUUUUAUGUACGAAUCCGAAUAAGGUUAGAUGGAUUCCCUCCAGCAAUGGUUCAGUCGCUCCAGGCGCUAUACCCGCUGGCAAUACACACACUGCCGAGCCACUGUACAUUGGACGAGUUAGGCACAAGGGAUCUCUUACUCCUGGAAAGGUUCACCCCAGUCACAACUGCUGUUAUAUAUCAUUUGAUGGAUCCGAAGUAUCAUACAAAAACUAUGAAGUUUUGUGUGUUGUAGGGGGAGGGCCACCUCAAGGCAUUGCCCGCGCUGUACCACUAUAAAUAAUAUUAUUAUUCUCGACAGGUUACUUGGGAAAAAUUUUCUUGGUGGGGGAAAUUUGGGGAAUGUUCUUUUAUAGCUAACAACAAAAAAAGGAUUUUUACGCAUUUAAUAAGUCUGGUCGCGCCUGUCAGCAUAAAUUA